AUGAUGAAGGGGCAACAGAGAAAAGCGCUGAAAUUUGAUGAUGUUCUUGGAUGGAAAGACGAUUUGGCGGAAAAAGGUCAUUUGAGAGAUGAAGUCAAAACCGUUGUCCUCUUCAUCACUACCCGUGGCGAACAGUGCUGCUCGCCUCUUUCUCUCGCCGAAAAAGCUAGAAUUCCUGAGCUUGAAUUCGUCUCCCUCGCCAUCGGAAACCAACCACCAAAGAAUUGGCAAGAAGCGUUCAAAUUCGUCCCCGAAACAGACGAAGAACGACUUGAUCGACUUCUUGGAACGAAAACGUCUUCGACAACAGAAACAGUCGUCGAAACAGCAGAAACAGAAUCAGAAAGCCCCGAAAUCGCAGCUCGAAAAAGGAGGCGCCGAAGUUCCGAAAUCGUCGAACAAGAAAAUGAACGGACCAAACGAGCUGGGCAGAUUUAUGCCAGGAGAAAUGCGCUUGAUUACAAAGAGGAUGAAAAGGUCGACUUUUUCUAUCAAAUGGAAGAUUUGAACACGACUUAUCACCAUCGAAUGUCCAAAGUUACCCAGCUUAUUUGCCAUGCGAAAGAAACUGAGACUCGUUAUUUCUCAAUCCGUGCCUGCGACAAAGCCGGCAACUGUGGCAUCCCCUCUCCGCUCGCCCCAGUUCGAGUCACCCUCUACUACGAUUCCAGUCUGAGAAACAUGCCCGAACUUCCGCAGAAGAACGAACUCACUGGUGGAGACAAGGAUAAACAACAACAAACUGGUGGUGUGGCCUUCCUCUUCGGUUCGAGGAAAAAGAAAAAUCAGGGCAAAUCAAAAGGUGCCUCCAAAGCUGGUUCUCGCCAUGGAUCUGCUGGGAGGAAAGCGUCGACUGGGAAGGACAAUUCUGACAGAAGAUCGAUCCGCUCUGGAAAAUCAACUGGAAACUCAGUCUCUGCUGUCAAGGCAAAACAACGGCUGGCAAGUAGAAGUGGCGGAGCCGGUGCUCAAGUCAAAGGUCGAAAACAGUCGAUAGCUUCAAACACUUCAAGCAACAAAAGUGGCGUAAGAAGAGGGCCAAAAGCAAGUACAGUCAAGCUCAAGGCGAAGAAGCGAAACCAAUCGACGCUAAACAAGUAG